GCAAUUCCGCUUCGUCUUCCUUCCCGCUUCCACCGCAAGCCCCUCUCAACGCCGCACCGACCAGUGAAACCCUAACCCUAAUAAACCCUACCCUCGCCUCCACCCCCACGCUCCCAUGGCGGGGUGCGGAGGCUAAGCGUAGGUAACCCUAUCGCGUAUCGCUAUGGAUUGAGUGGUUUCGAAGGCAUGGGUCCAAACCCUAGCCUGCAGGAGCUGGCGAAGGCGGCGGCGACGGCGUCUGAGCCGCCGCGGGCGCGCGUGGUGCGGAUCCUCGUGCACGAUGCUGACGCUACCGACUCGUCCUCCAGCGAGGAUGAGGCGCCACCUCCGCCGCCGCGGAGGUGGAGGAUGGGUGGCAGCGUGGGCGUGAAGCGCCGGGUGAUGGAGGCGGCCGGGGCUAGGCCGGCCGUGCGGUUCCGCGGCGUGCGCCAGAGACCGUGGGGGCGGUGGGCGGCGGAGAUCCGCGACCCGCACAGCCGCCGCCGCCUGUGGCUCGGCACCUUCAACACCGCUGAGGAGGCUGCCGCCGCCUACGACUCGGCCAACAUCCGCCUCCGUGGUGCCAGCGCCCCCACCAACUUCCCCUCUGCCCGCUACUCGCCGCCACCGGAGCCAGCCAAGCCGAUCAUCUUGCUUACUCCUGAACCAGGGAAGCAGAUCACCUUGCCACUAGUACCUGUGAAGCCGACCAUCCCUCUGAAGGUGAAGGAAGAGGGUGGAAGCUGUGACGGGCAGGUGGAGGAAGGUAGCUCUGAGGUCCAGGCGCUUGCACUGAAGCCCAUGUGGGAGAUGAUCGAGGGGAAGCGCAAGCGUUCCAGCUGUGGCAACGGCACUCGCCUGCGCACAAUCCAUGUUGCCUCCUUCUGUGUGGAGGAGGUUGGCGGGGCCUGAGGUCCCAAGUAUCCGUAAUUACUACCAUUAGAAGCUUUAUUGUCUAUCUUCAUAGCAUCAUUAGAACUUGGUAUUGUGUAAUUUCAGUUAGAAUUAAACUAUUGAGGUGAAAACAUAUGACUCUGCAUGUUAUAUGAUUGGAUGAUGCUCUAAUGUAUAUAUGGUAUUCUGCUGCAUUUGGUAA